AUGAGUCUGUUUGCAGCCUCUCUUGAAAAAUACGCCUACUGAGUAAGACGAAUCGGCUAUUGAAUAUCCCAUUCAAAGCAACGCCAGACUUCAAAUAAACGUCGAGAGCGUUUAUUUAAAACUCGACCCAAAAGGCACGUCUUGUGUAGCUCUUUCGUUUUGUAGUACAUAUGGCGCUCAACUAAACCAGUAAGAAUUUGCAAUACCAAUGAGUCUUCAAAUCGUACACCUUUACCUUUUCCAACUUCAACGUAAAUUUUGACGAACAGAAAAUCAGUAGGGAGCUAGUACGUAAGCUAGGAACUUCAACAUUGUCUUCAAGUCAAGAAGGAUCAAUAUGGGGCUUCAUCGCGAUCGGUUACAACUGCCAGAUCUUUUUUAGUUUAAGGGAAUGAAAGUUAUGAAUUUAUUUGAAAAGUACAGGUGAGUCAAAUGAAGAAAUAGUCCACUAAUUGCAUCAAGAGCAUCGUGCUGGUACCAAAGAUGCUCAUGGGUUGAAAUCACGUUGGCUCCGGCGCUCCUUCUUUUUCAGUUUUCUGUUCAGUUGUUCACUUAUAACUGGUUUGCAAGUGCAUCCUCUCAAAUCUACAUUUUUUUUACGCGUUUGUUCAUCAGCAACUUGGACAGGACAGUUAUUAAGUUGGAGAUGUUCUCUUUCAGGCUGGUCAAAUCACUGUAAUGAUAGCAAUAUUCUUAGAUUCCAUAUCUGAGCUCUGUUUUCAAACAUCUGCGACCUUACAUGUAUUCCACAUGUUUGUUUCUUCCUUUUCGUCAUGUGAUUGACAACAGAGCCUGUAGGCCACCGGCAGGUUUUCCCUCCACCCGUAGUAUCAAGUCCCGGAUGUCACUUUGUCCAAGCGAGAGAUCUUCCUACUGAUCUCAUAGGAUAUUUCUGGUAGAGUAGCGUAACUUCUUUAUUUAAGGCUAAGACGUAUCUGGGUAAAUGGAACUAAAGCGUAAAAAGAGCGAAAAGGGACAUGUUGAAUUUGCUGAACAAAUGUGUGCCAAUUACAGCCACUCCACGAUUAAGAGAUUUAUCGCUCAACGAGAUGUCCACCUUGCGAGGGUUGACAAACCUCUUCUUGUUUUUAAAAUGUUCUUUUUCUUCGUGUACAGCUCAAUGGCAACAACGUUCCCUUUUCUGCCUUCAUACUUUCGACAGAUUGGUUUCUCCUCCUAUCAAGUACAAAUUCUCUGUUGGGUUCGGCCGUUUGUACAACUUCUUCUAAGUCCAUUAUGGGGCUUACUGGCGGAUCAUUGUUUACCUAAAAAAAUAAUCCUUCAGUUUUGUAGUUUUGUGUGGCUUAUUGGAACAAUUUCACUGGCGUUUGUUGAACCCACUGGACAGAUGUGUCAGUUGGUUUCUCUUAACCAAACUGACUCGACAGUCAUCAACUCUACAGUGAUGCAGACAGGAUUUUUCCGUCGAAGAAGAGCAACUGAGUACUUUACAUUACAAUCAAAGCUGAUUCCUAAGAAUCCCGUCGACAACUUAAGCAGUAAUGACUUAGUUGAGCGUGUCGAAAUAACGACUGGUUCUGGCUCGGGACUACUACAGGUAACUGAAAACGAUAUUUUAUCGGGAAGUGGAAAUGGAGAAUCUUUGGAUCAUAACAAAGAACUGAACGACACUAAUGUAAACAAGAAUCACAGCUUCCUCAUGUCAGCUUCGUCACACUUCACGGCUUCACAUCUUGGAUCAAAAUCCAAGAACUUGCCAAGUAUCAUCGAGUUAAAUUUUACCAUAAGAAACGAGCUGAGAGAAAACACUUCCCGUCUGUACCAUAUCUUUCUUGGAGCUUUAGCUCUUGUUGUUUUUGAGGAGAUAUUCUUCUGUCCAGUUUUCUUUGUAGCUGACGCUGUCUUACUCGCCAAGCAAACUGAGGAAGGAACGUGUGCGUACGGAUAUCAAAAGAUGUUUGGCUCAGUAGGUUUCCUAAUGUUCUUCUUAAUCACUGGAACACUAGUUAACAAUUCUCAGCGGCCUGUUUGUGGACACAUUUACGCGGACUAUAUAAUCAACUUUUGCUUUUUCUGUGUGCUUACAAUUGUGACAUUACUUGUUUUAAUCAAGUUUGAGGUACCGCAAAGAACAUCUGAAAAUUCUCCAUACGAAAGGCUUAAAACUAUAUAUUACACGAAGCAUCAUGGAACAUUUUUCGCGAGUGCGGCUUUCAUGGGCUUCUCACACACAGUUAUUUUAAACUUUCAUUCUUCAUAUCUCGCUGAGGCUAAAGUGGCACACGCGACGUUGGCUACAAUAAAUCUCUUUCGCUUUCUUGGCGAGCCUCUGGCUUUAUUUGUGAGCCACAAACUAAUAAACCAUAUUGGCAAUAUAAAUAUGAUAUUCUCCUCUCUCGUGUUGUACAUGUUUAAUCACUUUGCCUGCUCGUUUGUCACAAGCUGUUGGCAGAUUAUUCCACUUGGUUUCGUCGAAGGAUUCACAUUUGGAAAUUCAUUCGUGGUAUGUGUCACUUAUUUAGCACAUUCUUCGCCUCUGGAUUGCCUCUCAACCAUGCAAGGCGUUUUUCAGAGCAUCUACUGGGGCCUGGGUGGCAUUCUCGGCCUUGUGAUUGGGGGGAGCCUUAUCCGUGUAGCAGGGCCGACCAUUGCGUUUCGUCUAUUCACCGUGUUAGCUGUGACUUUUAUCGUGAUAUUCACUACAGGACUGACAUCUGUCAAUUUCCGAGACCGUAAUUACUACUCUGUGCUGCUGAAUACGUUUAAUAUCUGCAUAGAUACGAAAAAAACUGAACAAACCAAAAGUGGAAACGUAAAUAACACUUCAGAAGAGGACCAUUUCAAUGACCAGGAUACAGCCGUUUCUUUUUGCUUGGAUGCUGGGGCGAGUACUUCACAAAAAGAAGACUGGGGAAAGUAUUAGAGAAAACAGGCAAACAGUU